AUGGACAACCUUUCGAACCAGCUGAUGAGCCGUAUCGCUGAAAUCUCGCUCUCGGAUGCGCAGAUCCGGUCCUACGGCCGGUGGCUCACUGCCGCCAUGGGAGCCUACUACGUGGUCAACGCCUGGCAGAAGGAUAUUCCGACAGACGUGCAGGCUGCGAUCACGGGGCACAUGGUGCAAGGUUACGACCGCAGCACCAUCACCACGCGCCUUGAGCAGCGCCACACCCGUCAGCUUCUCCAGAAAAUCACUGGGCUGAACGAGCUGCGCCAGCAACUGCGCUCAGAGACGGACAAGGAGGCGAAGCUGCGGGGCUGGCAACGAGUGUUUCGGCUAACUCUCAUCAGCAUUGCCGCCACCACCUACACGCACAGCCUCACUAUUUCGCUACUCUCGAUUAAGAACAUGGUUCGAGUGCUUGUCUUCCUGCUGAGUCGCCGCGAGAGCGCGGCGCUCUCCAAGAGUCGCAGCGGCCCCAUCUCGACUCUUAGGGCGUGGUGGACGGGAGGGCGGCGCGCCGGCCUCACGGGCAUCAUGAUGGAGUCGAUGAUGGUGAAGAUGGCUGAGCAGGUGAGUCAGCAGGCGUCACCGUUUGUGAACGCGGAACUGGAGGAGGAGGCGGUGACUGAGGAGAUUCGGCAGCUGCCCGUGCCGCCGCCGCUUGACGGCCGCACCGCGUUUGCGCAGGCGCAGCAGCAGCAGGAGAUGCUGGAGGCGGCGCACGGGGAGAGUCUGAGUCAGGUGGAGCAGGCGUUCUCGGUGCGCGCGGUGCUCGAGGUGGCGGUGCCACGUAUUGUAGCGUGUGCUGCAGCUGCGGUGGAUAGCGCCAUUGCGGCGCGGCCGGCGCACCUCUUCAACGUCAGUGGCAUUGUACGCGCAGUCGACCUGUGCAGCCUGCUGCGUGACAUUGCUCUUGGGAUGGAGGGGCGCGCAUGCGUCUCCGAGUGGGUGCGGCGGCCACAUCCCUCUCUGAUGCCUAUGUCCCGCGCGUGCAGUAGGGCGAGCACCUCCCCAUGGACUUCACUGCCAAAGCACCUGGAGACAAUCAAGGGCCGCGCGCAGCUGGACGAGGACGAGGAGCUGCUCGACGAGCCAGAUCAGUCUGCGACGUCCUCGGAGGACAUCAUUGAGUUUCCUCACGGGUCUAACACACUGCUACGCCCCGACGGUCGCCCAGUGCGCCGCCGCGGUGGCGACCGCAGCGAGGACAAAAUUAUCGAUGGGUUGCUUGGCCGUCGCCUCACCGCUGAGGAGGAGGCACUGCAAGAGGAGGCGAUACGCCGUGAUCAUCUGCUGAAGAGACAGAUGGCAGGCUUCUUCACAGAACUGUCCCACAGCGCGAGCUUCGGUGAGCUGUGUAUCACGUAUGCCGCAGAGCUGCUGGCGGCGCAGUUCAAGGAGGCGUGCGACAUCAAACGUGUCAAGACCUAUGACGCGGCGACGGACACGGCGAAGAUGGCGAUGGUGAUCGCCGCCCUCGACAGCUGCCGGCUGGCGGCACUGGAGGAGGAAUGCGAGGUAAAAUCGUACAUGCGACUCUUCUGCGAGGAAACCAUCCGCUCCACAUGCGCGCGGUAA